AUGUUUCCACUCUAUUUUCAUUACGAAGAUGUAUCACGUCAGGAUCCGUUGCUCAAACUGAAUCACGCCAACGUUAUGGAAGUUCCUGGAUUAUGUAAAAUAAGAGUAGUACCAAAGGCAGCACCUUCUAUCAAAAAUGGAAAAUUGGCUAUGGAGAUUCCGUGCGGUCAGAAAUGUUUACAGACACAGAGGUCUUCGACAGGAAGGGAGUUUCGAUCCAAUCCAUUCUUGGGGUCAAAUAAAGACAAAAAGGGAUAUGUCAGUGACCUAGCACGACAAAGCACUCUCCGAGGGCAUGGAAUGUCUAAUUUUUUAGUCAGAAUCUCCACAGUAAUGUCUCUAUUAGAUUCUCCGGUCGAAAUACGGGAAAACUCUAUUCAAUUCUCGAUGGAAACGGAGUUUUGCGAAUUCUCCCCAGAACUGGAAGAUCAUUUCGAGAUCUUCGAACAUAUUCGAGGGUUCAAUGUGACUAUUGUCACUUCGUCCAACACACAAGAUGAGACUUUACCACCGUGGAGCGGCUUUUUGCAAAAAGAUGAGGGGGAAACUCAGUAA